AUGGAACUCCCAGGCAUCUACAAGGCUGUUCAAAACUGCGCCUGUAAUCAGAACAACUGGAGGCGAUGGAUCCGACCCCUGCUCGUACUUAUUUAUGUGAUUUCCAUCCUUGUCUCCGUUCCCUUCUGUGUUUGGGAACUUCAAAAACUAAAGGUUGGAAUACACACGGAAACAUGGUUUAUCGCUGGUGUAUUUCUGGUAUUGACAAUCCCUUUGUCCCUCUGGGGGAUUGUGCAGCACAUAGUGCAUUACACGCAACCAGAACUUCAGAAACCUAUUAUAAGGAUUCUUUGGAUGGUCCCAAUAUACAGUUUGACUAAUUGGUUGGCUUUGAAGUAUCCCAAAAUCGCCAUCUACGUGGACACCUUGAGGGAGUGCUACGAAGCUUACGUCAUUUAUAACUUCAUGAUAUUCCUUAACAACUACCUAGCAAUCCAAUUCCCCAACGUGAUACUCCACCUGGAAGCUGAAGAUCAGCAACAGCUUCUCUCUCCUCUGUGCUGCUGUCCACCCUGGGCUAUGGGAGAAAUACUGCCUUUUAGGUGCAAACUAGGAGUAUUGCAGUACACUGUGGUCAGACUGAUUACCACUGUGAUGGUGUUGGUAUGUGAGAUUGUUGGUGUCUACGAUGAAGGGAACUUUAGUUUCUCCAACGCUUGGACUUACUUGCUUAUAUUAAAUAACCUGUCACAAGUGUUUGCUGUGUACUGCCGCUGGCUGUUUUACCAAGUGCAGAAAGAAGAGCUCAACCCUAUACAACCUGUUGGCAAAUUCCUUUGUAUCAAAUUGGUAGUCUUUCUCUCAUUCUGGCAAGCAAUGCUUAUUGCUUUGUUGGUUAAGUUUGGCAUAAUUUCAGAAAAGCAUUCAUGGGAAUGGCAAAGUGCCGAAGCUGUGGCCACAGGCCUGCAGGAUUUCAUCAUCUGCAUUGAAAUGUUCUUCGUGGCGAUUGCCCAUCAUUACUCCUUCUCCUAUGUACACUCCUCCAUCACCUAUGAACCCUACUUGCAAGAGGCAGAAGAAGGCUCAUGCUUCGACUCCUUCCUCGCUAUGUGGGAUGUGUCAGGUAUCAGAGAUGAUAUUUCUGAGCAAGUGAGACGUGUUGGAAGAAUCAUGCAGGGUUAUCCCCCAAAAAAACGUUUUCCCGAAGACCCAGAGCACACUGAACACACAAGUCUGCUUUCCUCAUCACCAUGUGAUGCAGGUUCUCCAGGUUCACCCCACAGCGAGUAUCAGGGCUUUGGACACACAAUCACUCCCCAGAAUGCAGCUGUUGCAUUUCAUCUGUCUGACCAGGACAUCCCAGAAGAGCAGGGCCCUCCUGACGAUGCAGGCCAAUAUCCAGACUUUGAAGAUACAAUGUCUUCACAGGACAUGCUCUCUAAAGACCAGCUGUCUGAAGAUGCCAUGAACAACAUCACAGACAAGCAGAAGGAGCUCCUCGACAUAUCAGCAGACUCCUAG